AUGACAUACCGAACGCCUACUUCACCGGAUGAUGAGGAAAAUAAAGGAAGAUCGACGGAGACUAAUCACAAACAAAUGGAUUACAAUGAUUGGUUACCGGUAACAGCGUCUAGAGAGGCCAAGUGGUAUUACUCCGCCUUCCACAAUGUCACGGCCAUGGUCGGCGCCGGAGUUCUCGGUCUCCCUUUCGCUAUGUCACAACUUGGCUGGGGGCCUGGACUUGUUGCAAUAAUGGCAUCAUGGGCUAUAACAUUCUACUCGUUGUGGCAAAUGGUGCAGUUGCACGAAGCCGUUCCCGGGAAACGGUUAGACCGUUACCCGGAGCUAGGCCAAGAAGCGUUCGGACCAAAGCUAGGUUACUGGAUCGUCUUACCGCAACAGCUUCUGGUCCAGAUCGCUUCCGACAUAGUGUAUAACGUGACCGGAGGCAAGUCGCUUAAGAAAUGCGUCGAGCUUAUUUUUCCUCAUCUCCAUCACAUUCGUCAGACUUAUUACAUCCUAGGAUUCGCUGGUCUCCAGCUCGGUCUUUCUCAAUCUCCUGAUUUCAACUCUAUCAAGAUCGUGUCUCUUCUUGCUGCUCUCAUGUCUUUCUUGUACUCAAUGAUAGCGUCCGUAGCGUCAAUAGUGAAAGGAACACAUCACCGACCGUCGGAUUACGGAGUCAGAUCACACACGGUGGCUGGAAUGAUCUUCGAUGCGUUUAACGGCAUUGGAACCAUAGCGUUUGCGUUUGCAGGACACAGUGUGGUUCUUGAGAUCCAAGCUACUAUUCCUUCAACACCUGAAAUCCCUUCCAAGAAACCAAUGUGGAAAGGAGUCGUUGUCGCUUACUUAAUCGUCAUUGUUUGUUACCUCUCUGUGGCUAUCUCCGGUUUUUGGGCUUUUGGUGAUCUUGUUGAGGAUGAUGUUCUCAUUUCCUUAGAGAAACCUGUUUGGCUUAUAGCUGCUGCUAAUUUCAUGGUCUUCAUCCAUGUCAUUGGAAGUUAUCAGGUUUUCGCCAUGUCGGUGUUUGACACAAUCGAGUCGUGCCUUGUGAAAACAUUGAAAUUCACUCCUUCGACAAUGUUGCGCCUAGUCGCACGUAGCACAUAUGUCGCAUUGGUAUGUCUUGUAGCAGUUUGUAUCCCCUUUUUUGGAGGUCUUUUAGGGUUCUUCGGUGGCCUCGUCUUCUCAUCAACCUCUUAUUUCGUGAGACUUGGAUUGAUAUCUCAAUAA